UAUGGAUGGAGUUUGUGAAAUUCAGACAAAGCUCAGAGUUAAAUUUCAAUCAUCUAAAGAAAGAAAUUGAAGGACUCAACUUGAAGAUGGAUGAAUUGAAACAACUUUUAUUAGAAGUUAAGAGUUCGAAUGAGGAACAUGGUAUGCAUAACACUAGAUUCAGAAAAUCUAGUACAAAAGAAAAUGAUAACAAUAUGGGCUUUGAUUUCCAGACUGGAAUUUUUGAGGAUGUUACAGAUGAUGAAGUGGAGAGGAAUGACAUUCCCAUGGAUGUGAACAUUGAUAUGGAAGCUUCUAGAAACCUCCAGCUUGCAGAAAAACACAUGACUAAAGAGUUGAAAGAUGACUACUCUAUUGAUGAUCCAGUUAUUGAUAUUGCCAAGUUGUUUGGUACCCCAACUAUGUCGGGCGAGUUUUCAGUAUAUGUCAUACCUCACCAUCUAUCUCCUGCCAUUUUUAAGCGAAGGCGUGAGAUUAAAAAGUCUCGUAUCUUGCAGCACCCUUUUACAGAUCCCACCAAGAGAAAGAAACUAAGAAAAGAGAUUGAGAAACCAUUAACUUCAUUUGAUCCUUUGCGUCCAAUCUCUGAAGAAGCAUUAGAGUCCUUUCAAAAGUGGAUGAGUGAUGACCAAGGGUAAGUUGUAUACAUCCAUACUUGUAAAUUUGUGUUCUUCACAAGUUAUAAAAUUACUAAUGUUUUUUUUUUUUUUUAUGUCAAAGGUCCACAAUUGACAUUGACUACAUGCAUAUAGAUAAAAAAUGGUUUCAAUCAUUGUCUAAUCAUGGUUCAUGGCUUGCUGACACGGUUUGUAAAUGAUGCAUUUUGUUUUUAUUUUUAUUUAUUAUUAUGUUCAGCUUACAACCAAAUAAUAUAACUAAUUUACUUUAUUGUAAUUGUUAGCACAUUGAUGUUGCCUUCUUCUUUUUUCGGAAGCGGCGAAUAGAAAAUCUUCAUCUUUUUUCCCAAAAGUUUACCAUAGUGGAUACUAUG